AUGAAGUAUGGUUGGGAAUGUUCAGUAGAUGAUAAUUCUACUUCCGAGAUUUCGUUCAUAAACAAUCUCAACAACCUUUGGAUUUUACUAGCUGAUAAUGCUGCUUUCAACAAUGGUUUCUACAAAACGGCAGUAGGCAAUGAUUCAGAUAAGCUUUAUGGUCUAACACAGUGCAGAGGAGAUAUUUCUGCUGCAGAUUGUGCUAACUGUACCCGUGAAUCUGUCAAAGUCGCAGUAGAAGAUUGUCCUAGAAAUACAUCUUGGGGUGUUAUGUUUAAUGGUACUGAUCAUUCAUCAAUAGGCUCCAAAGGACUUGAUUUCAUGACAGAACUUGCAACUACAGCUCCAGAGCAGCCGUUGCUGUUCCAGAUUGCAGUUUUGGAUGGCGGAGAAAAUGGGAAGAGGUAUGGCAUGGCUCAGUGCUCCAGAGAUUUAAGUAAGAGUAACUGUAGCAAGUGCUUGGAAUUUAGACUAGAGGCGGAACGAACAGAAAAUGCAGACAAGAGAGGAUGGGAAAUUUAUAGCUCUAGCUGUAGCAUGUGGUAUCAGGAUUAUCAGUUUUAUUUCAAUUCUUUAACCGCUGAAAAUGAUGGUGGUAGAAGAUCCUCAUCAGAAGACGCUGUGAUUGUCAUAACCAUGGCAGUUUUAAUGCUUUUGUUGAUUGUAUAG